GUGCUAUGUGGAUGAACAUACUGAAGGGUCUGUUGGAGGUGGUGGGGGGGGUCAUAGCCGGACUGCUCCUGGGUGUGUUUUUAUGCUGCUUCCCCAGCAAAGACCAGGAGGACCUGGUGUUGAGGAGGACCAUCAUGUUGUUGGGUCUGUCCAUGUUUUCGGUCUUCUUCAGUCAUGUUAUAGGUUUUGCUGGAGCCGGCGGUCUCAGUACUCUGGUUCUGGCCUUCCUGGCUGCUCUGGGCUGGAAGGCCGACAAGGCGCCGGUUGCAGCCAUGGUGGGUCGCUCUUGGGAUGUUUUCCAGCCCCUCCUCUUUGGUCUGAUUGGAGCAGAGAUCACCAUAGCAACCCUGAGCCCCAGCACCGUGGGUCUUGGUAUCGCCUGUAUCAGUAUCGGUCUGGUGAUCCGCCUGCUCGUCACCUACCUGGUGGUUCAUUACGCAGGAUUCAACCUGAAGGAGAAACUGUUCAUCGCUGUGGCCUGGCUGCCUAAAGCCACCGUACAGGCUGCUAUCGGAUCGAAGGCGUUGGACAUGGCGAGGGAACAGGGGGAUGAGAAGUUAAUAAAGUUUGGUUCGGACGUGUUAACGUUAGCCGUGUUAGCCAUCCUGACCACAGCUCCCAUCGGAGCGCUGGGCAUCGGCCUGGCAGGACCGCGCCUCCUGGAUCGACAGGUCAAAGCAGAUGAGCCGGAAGGCGGAGCGACGUCUCAGAGCAGCAGCGGGAAUGAGAAAGAUCUGGAAAAAGAUAGCGUGACCAUUGAGAGCAAGCUAUGAGGCUGCUGAUUGGACGAACAGAGGAAAGUUAAAUAUUAUACACCUUAUGUAGAUGAUACUCUUUGAAGCUGCAGAUAUGUUUUUGUUGUAUAUUUAUUGUGUUUCUUAUGCUGUAUUAAGCUUUUUAUAAUUAUUGA